CGGAGGAGGACGAGGGAGGAAGGCGGCAACAGAGGAGGAAGAAAACAAGAGGAGAGGAGAGACAGACGUCUGAGUGAGGAGGAGAAGAAGCACUGGAGGAGAUAAAGUGGAGGAGGAAGAGAAGAAAGGAAGCAAAGGAGAAAGAGGAGAAAGCAAUGUGACCGUGCAGGAGGAGAGAGAAGUCAGGACUCCACAGGAGGAGGGAAGAGAUCGCAGAUGUUGACUUUCACACGAGGAGGAGAAAAGGAAGCAGAGCUGAUGUGACUUUGGGGUAAAAAAAAAGCGAGGUGACCCGGAGGAAGAGGAGCAGCAGAUGUUUGCAGAGAGAGAUUCAUUAACACUUGAAGUGGGAUUGAGAAGCACAUCUGGUCCUGAUGAUGGGCUGCUGUCUCUUUGUUCACUACCGGAAGAAGAGGAAGCAGGCGAGCAGAGAUGCAGACUCCCUCAGUCUCUGCAGUCUGGACAUCAACGAGCCCAGCACCAAGCGCAGUAAACCUGUCUCCAGGGUGACGUCUCUGGCCAACCUGCUGCCGCCCGUCAAGACCGCACCGCUCAAGAGGAUCAGUCAGACGCUGCAGCGCUCCAUCAGUUUUCGUAAUGACAGUCGGACAGAGAGAGCUGCUCCUCCUCCUCCUCCACCUCCUCCUCCCUCCUCCUCCACGAUGAAGGCUCGUGUUAUCUCGGCGACGGUCUCCAUCCCCUCCUCCUCCUCCUCCUCCUCCUCUCUUACUGCAACCAGGGGUCCCACGGCAACAGCCCCAGCUGCCAAGCGCCGGGACAGCAAACUGUGGAGCGAGACGUUCGAUGUCCGACUGGGGGCGACACAACCUCUGAGCCCAAAAGAGAUAAAACGACAAGAGGCUAUAUUUGAGUUGGCUCAGGGCGAGCAAGACCUGGUGGAGGAUCUAAAAUUGGCAAAGAAGGCCUAUCGUGACCCGAUGCUGAAGCUGUCGAUCAUGACCGAGCAGGAACUGAACCAGAUCUUUGGAACCCUGGACUCGCUGAUACCGCUGCAUGAAGCUCUGCUCAGUUGCCUCAGAGAUGCCAGAAAACCGGAUGGCUCCACAGAACACGUGGGACACAUCCUGACUGACUGGCUGCCCUGUCUCUCCUCCUACACUCCGUACUGCAGUAACCAGGUGAAGGCCAAGGCCUUGUUGGACCAGAAGAAGCAGGACCGCCGGGUCCAGGACUUCCUGCAGCGCUGUCUCCAGUCGCCCUUCAGUAGGAAGCUGGACCUCUGGAACUUCCUGGACAUUCCCCGCAGCCGGGUGAUGAAAUAUCCCCUGCUGCUCAGGGAGAUCCUGAAGCACACACCCAGCGAACACCCGGACCAGCAGCACCUGGAGGAGGCGAUGCUGAUGGUCCAGAGCGUGGUGGCCGACAUCAACAGGCGGACGGGGGAGUCGGAGUGUCAGUACUACAAAGAUCGUCUGUUGUACACGGAGGUCGGACAGAGGGACGACCUCAUCGACCGGUCCAGGACCCUCAGCUGCCACGGAGAACUGAAGAACAACAGAGGACUCAAGCUUCAUGUCUUUCUGCUCCAGGACGUCCUGGUCAUCACCAGAUCCGUCUCACUGAACGAGCACCCGGUCAGCUACCAGCUCUGCCGCCAGCCAAUCCCCAUCCGGCAGCUGGACCUGGAGGACCUAUCGGACGGAGAAAUGAGAGUGGGCGGGUCCAUCAGAGGGGCCUUCAGCAACAACGAGCGCACAAAGAACUUCUUCCGGGUUUCAUACCGCACCGGAGGUCAGCUUCAGAGCCACUGCUUCCAGGCCAGUGACGCCUUCAACAAGCAGCAGUGGAUCAACUGCAUCAGACAGGCCAAGGAGGCCGCCGCACUGACCGGAGACCAGCCACCACAGAUGGGGCCGUGUGCAGAAACGGGACCGGGGGGACAGAUAGGGCCACUUGGUGGGACAGCGCUGAGUUUCCAAGGGGAUUCAGGGAACGAUGAUGAAAAAGGGAUGUGGGGGGAGACGGGGAUGGGUUUGGAAGCAAAGGAGGGUCUGGGUGGAGGGAAGGAUCUGAGUAAAGAGGAGGGGGAAGGUUUGUCUCAGGAAACAAUGACAGGUAGGGAGAUGGAGACGGGUUUGGCUGUGGAUGUUGGGACAGGGUUUGAAUUAGAUGGAGAAAUAGGGACGGAGAGUGAGACAAGGCUGACGGUCGGCGAGACAGGGACAGGUGAGAUGGAGAUGGGGCAGGGUCUCUGUGAUGAAGAGGGGGCCAGAGCAGACUGGAAGAUAGAUGGAGAAAGAGGAGGAGAAGUAGCGACUCUCAGCGGAGGUGGUGAUAAUGUUCCCACCACCCUCAUCUCCCCUGCUCCUCCCACCAAAGAGGAUGAGGAUGUGAUGGACGGGGAGCGGAGUGACGCUAAGGAGGAGGAAGAGGUCGGCAUGGAAACUAGCGAGGGGGACUCCAUGGAGGAGCUGACCCACAGGUGCUGAAACGAGGACCGAACAAAAGAAGGACUAGAAGCGCAGCCGAUCAGAUCGAGGAGUUGAUGAUGAUGAUGACAAUGACAACAAUCAAAGAAAGUCGUUGAGACACGUUGACGACAAAGAACCUGCUGUAUCCUGACUCCUUGUUACCACGGUAACCACUUACUCUGGACAAACUGGGCCCGUGUUCUGCAGCUGCACCAGCUGCACGGAUUCUGAUUUAAUGAGAAGUGGGAGGCGACGGUGCCGCAGUUGUUCACCAGGCACGUGAUGCAGAAACAUUGUUCAGGCUUCCUCAGGUUGUCGAUGUAGCUUCCCUCAGACUCCACACACACACACACACACACACACACACACGAAGAAUAAACAUUUUUUUACUAGAGACUUGAAUGUUCAUGGACUGAUUUUCUGCUGAUUAAUGAUGCGUAUGUCAGCUGGGAUUGGCUCCAGCUCCCCCUGCAACCCUCAAGAGAAUAAGCUGUAUAUAUAUAAUGGAUGGAAAAUAUUGUAAAAAGUUGGCUUUAUGAAUGAUUUUAGCGUCGAUACUGCUCAACCCUACCUUCAGUCUCUGGUGUAAAGAUCUGGUUAAUGCAGAGAAGAGCUGUUUCAGUCAGAGGAACACAAACCAAAUCAAACAGAUUAUUUAAACACCUCAAACCCGUUUCCUCAAUUUUAAGGAUUUUCUUAAUUAUUUCAGGUUAGUUAAGAAUUACAUUCUUUUACAUUUGUUCUGUUUCUAAACCUCCUGUCUUAAAUUUAAUGUCAAUUUACCACACAUUCUAUUAAUUCAAUCAUCAGUGGAGUUUUAGCUUUUUUUCCAUAAUGUUCAGUUAGGAGCCUGUUGUUGCAUGUACAUUUUGUAGUGUAUGUAAAGGUAGUAUAUAAAGUUUGUCUAUAUGUGAAUGAAGGAACAAAGCCAAGCAGGUCUGUCAGUUAUAUAUGUGCUUAGACAUGUUUAUAAUGAGUUACAAUGUCCGGACAAUCAAUGUUGAUAAUGAUGAUGAUGAAUUUUAGAAGCAGGUUAUUUGCACAUCUCUGAGAGGAUUUAAACUUGUGCACACUGUCAGUUUUUUAAAUUCUGUAAUCUGUUAAAAGAAAUUGAUUUAUUUAGCUGAUGCAUCAGCUAAUGUGCGGAUUGUCACAAAACCAAAGCAUCAAAUAAAUCAUUU